GGGGACGAGGGCAGAGAAGGAGGCAGGCCGUGGGCUCCAGGCCCGCCCCUGCCUCUCCCCACCCUCCUCUGGGCCAGGCCACCCAGCCAAAAGGCGCGCGGAGAGGAGCAGAGGCGCACAACCCGGCAUCGGUCCCCUGGCAGACAGUUAGCCCGCCGCCCACGUCUGUCCCCAGAGCCAUGGAAAGAGCCGGUCUGAUCCAGAAGGCCAAGCUGGCAGAGCAGGCUGAGCGCUACGAGGACAUGGCAGCCUUCAUGAAGGGCGCCGUGGAGAAGGGCGAGGACCUGUCCUGCGAAGAGCGGAACCUGCUCUCCGUGGCCUACAAGAACGUGGUGGGCGGCCAGAGGGCCGCCUGGAGGGUCCUGUCCAGCAUCGAGCAGAAAAGCACGGAGGAGGGCUCGGAGGAGAAGGGCCCCGAGGUGCGGGAGUACCGGGAGAAGGUGGAGGCCGAGCUCCGGGGCGUGUGCGACACCGUGCUGGGCCUCCUGGACUCGCACCUCAUCAAGGAGGCCGGCGAGGCCGAGUGCCGGGUCUUCUACCUGAAGAUGAAGGGCGACUACUACCGCUACCUGGCCGAGGUGGCCACGGGGGACGACAAGAAGCGCAUCAUCGACUCUGCCCGGGCAGCCUACCAGGAGGCCAUGGACAUCAGCAAGAAGGAGAUGCCGCCCACCAACCCCAUCCGCCUGGGCCUGGCGCUGAACUUUUCCGUCUUCCACUACGAGAUCGCCAACAGCCCCGACGAGGCCAUCUCGCUGGCCAAGACCACUUUUGACGAGGCCAUGGCCGACCUGCACACGCUCAGCGAGGACUCCUACAAAGACAGCACCCUCAUCAUGCAGCUGCUGAGAGACAACCUGUCGCUGUGGACAGCCGACAGCGCCGGGGACGAGGGCGGCGAGGCUCCCGAGGAGCCCCAGAGCUGAGCCUGCCGCCGCCGCCGCCGCCGCCGCCGCCGCCUGC